AUGCUCAAUAUCAAACGCCCAACUUCGACGACAGUGCUAUACACAUUCUCAACGCGCGCUCCGCAGGAGACCUUCACCGCACUGAUCGCCAACUACUCCUUCCUCCUUGCCCGCAUAGCGGCAGGCUUCUUGGUAGCAAUACUCUGCCUGAUCGUCUAUCGCACUUCAUGGCCCGUCUCAGACGACACAAUUCCAGUACCCUGGCUUGAAGAAUUCAUCCUCAGCUCGCCUUUAGGCCAAUUCGCUACACUCCUCAUCAUCUCUCUACCCCAAAUCUGCCGCUUCCUGCUCUGCGCCGCAACCACCUGGCUCAUCUUCCGGAAAGGCUACACCGAGGAAUCUCUACUCGUCAUACGCGGACUCGGCGUCCAGACAUCGACAUCGUCGCCCUCCUACCUCUGGACUUCAAGUACAAGGUUUAUUCCGACAAGCAGUAUUCAGGACAUUUUCAUUCAUGAGGCAUUCAAAGGGUUUGAAGUGCGGUACUAUCUGACGAUUGUGGUGGAUGGUGAGAACGAUGUUGUUGUGGUGUUUCCCAACAUCCUGCCACGUCGCGAGAUACUCGAGAAUGUGUGGCGAGGCGCUCGGUCCUGCUUGUAUGGACUAAAGUCUUGA